AUGAGUUUAGAAAAACUAGCAAUCUUGAUGUUGGUGGUUGUGACAACAACAUCGGCAUCAAGGCGAGGAGCAAAGGAGACAAAAGAAACAGAGACAGACGCUAAGAAAGAGGAGGAUAGGUUGGCUAAGAUGUUGGAGUGGACGCAAGAAGCAUCACCACCAUCAGAUAUCAUAGCUAUCUCUCCCGAAGGUCCAAUCUCAUGCACAUCCGCAUGCAUGGAUAUCUGCAUGGUGUUAAAGCCUCCACGUGAUCGUUCUUGCGAAAUUGGAUGCGAGUUUGGGUGCAAACAAAUACAAGGUAGAGGAAAAGUAAACCAUCAUGGCCACACACAUCAUUAG